AUGUCCUAUCACCAUGAAUUUCAUUCAGCUGAAGAUGAAUUUCUUGAAGAUGUAGAUAAUCAAGAACAACUUGAUGGUUCUGGUGAUGGUGCUGAUGAUGAUGUUGCUCUUGAUGAAUAUGAAAUGCUUACUAAGGUGACUGAUACAUCAGCUGCACAAGCAAGGAAGGGGAAGGAUAUUCAAGGGAUUCCAUGGGAGAUGUUGAAUAUUACAAGAGAGAGUUAUAGGUUGACUAGGCUUGAACAGUAUAGGAAUUUUGAGAACAUUCUCACAUCUGGAGAGACUGCAGACAAGGAUUGCAAAGAAGUGGAGAAGGGGGACAGAUACUAUGAAUUCUUCUAUAAUACAAGGGUGGUUAAGCCUACCAUCCUUCAUUUUCAGCUGAGAAACUUGGUAUGGGCUACUUCAAAACAUGAUGUAUACCUUGUCUCUAACUACUCAAUCAUGCACUGGUCAUCAUUAAGUGGCAACUUGUCCGAGAUUAUAAACUUUUCUGGGCAUAUAGCUCCUACCGAGCGAUGUGCGGGAAAUCAAUUGGAAGGAUUUUCACAGACACAGAUUAGCACUUUGGCUGUUAAGGAUAAUUUUCUUGUUGCUGGUGGCUUCCAAGGAGAGCUUACUUGUAAGCGUUUGGACAAGGAAGGAGUAAGCUUUUGUACGCGAACUACACAUGAUGAUAAUGCUAUAACAAACGCAGUUGAAAUAUAUGAAAGCCUGAGCGGUGCGACUCAUUUUAUAGCUGCUAAUAAUGAUUCUGGCGUUAGAGAAUAUGACAUAGAAAAGUUUCAGCUUUUGAAUCACCUGCAAUUCCCUUGGCCAGUGAACCACACAUCGAUCAGUCCUGACUGUAAACUAAUGACUGUUGUGGGGGACAACUUAGAUGGACUGCUGGUGGAUCCUCAAAAUGGGAAGACCAUCGCAACUUUGACCGGCCAUCAAGAUUACUCGUUUGCAUCUGCAUGGCAUCCUAACGGUCACACAUUCGCAACCGGGAAUCAAGACAAGACAUGCAGAGUAUGGGACGCUAGAAACGUAUCAUCUCCAAUCGCCAUUCUCAAGAACAACCUCGGGGCGAGCCGGUCGAUUCGGUUUUCAUCAGACGGAAAGUACAUGGUCGUUGCUGAACCUGCUGAUUUCGUGCAUGUCUAUAAUACAAAUUUGAAUUACGAAAGAAGUCAAGAGAUCGAUUUCUUUGGCGAAAUCUCCGGAGUUUCAAUAAGUCCUGAUGAUGAGUGUAUGUAUAUUGGAAUAUGGGACAGGACUUAUGCUAGCUUACUACAGUAUAAUAAGAGACACUCAUAUCAUUAUCUGGAUUCUUGCUUUUGA